ACACAUCCUUAAUCUAAAGAACGAUGGUCGUAAGUCAGUCUUAUGCAGUAAUUUCGGGUUUGCAAAGGAUUCAUUUCUCUCUGUUUUUAUCCAGAAACUGGAAGGUGAUUUACAAUAUAUAACUUUUACUCUGGAUAAGGCUGGGGAUUCUGGAGUAACGUCACUUAUUGAAUCCAAGUCAAAUUCUUGUUUUUGGGAUAAGUCAUUUAAAUUUAUUUAUCUCUCAUUUGACAAAUCAUCCAAAUCACUGGUGAUACACAAUUAUGAUCCAAAUUAUAAAGGUGUAAUUUUUGAAGCCUCUUCUUAAAAAUGGAAGAGGAUGGUCAACCUGAUAUCAAACCCAUAGGUUUGAUUGACAAUAUUCAAUACGCUCUUACCUGUUUGCGGUUGGUUACUGACAGAAGCCUUUCGUUGGCUAAAGCAAUAAAUGCCAUAAUAUUAUCUGAACCGAAACUUAUAGAAAAAGUCAAAUUUAUGAAUGUAUUGGAACUUCAUCGACAACAGUAUCUUGUCUAUCAACUUCUACGUGAAGUUGCUGAAUACUCACAAAAUACUAAGGAUGAAGAGCAACAAUUCCCAGGUCGUAAAGCUAAAAAUCACAUUGAACCAAGUGAUGAUUCACAGUUGCAAAAAGUUUUCGAAAUCAUUUUAUCUCAAAUUACUCCUUUUGGUUCAUUACAGCGGAUUCCGUACGAAAUGAAAGACAAUGUAAUAAGUGCUAAUUUUACAGUUCGUUUUUUGAAUACAUCUGAAGAAGGCUUAUAUCAUCUGUACUUUCAUAAUUGUGCUGAAUUAAAUGUAGAAUCUGGUAAACGUCAUUCAGUUAACUUAACAUUAAAAAUGGUUGAGAAGAAUGUAAACAGUUAUUUAUCUGCUGGUCAACAACCAUUGCCUAUGCUUUAUGCAAUUUCUUGUUUGGCUUAUUUGUUCCUUAGUAUUUUCUGGUUUGUUUACCUUCGCAAAUCAAAAAAUUCGGUUUAUCGAAUUCAUUAUCUCAUGUUAGCAGUUACUGUUGUCAAAUCAAUUUCACUUGGCUUUCAUAAUGUAAAUUAUUAUGUGAUUGGGAAACAUGGUGCUCAUGAAGAAAGUUGGGCUGUUAUGUAUUAUAUUACUCAUAUUAUUCGAGGUGCACUUCUAUUUAUCACUAUAUUACUGAUUGGUGCUGGUUGGGCCUUUAUCAAACAUAUGUUAACACCGCGUGAACGUAAUGUGUUCUUGAUUGUGGUACCUCUUCAAGUUUUAGCCAAUAUUGCUACUAUAAUUAUUGAAGAGUCUGAAGCUGGUGCAGCUCGUUAUGCUACAUGGAAAGAAAUUUUCAUUUUUGUCGAUUUAGCAUGUUGUGGAGCAAUUUUAUUCCCUGUUGUUUGGUCUAUUAGACUUUUAAAAGCAGCUUCUCAAACAGAUGGUAAAGCAGCUAUAAAUCGGCGUAAUCUACGGUUGUUCCGUCAUUUCUACAUUCUGGUUAUUGUGACGUGUAUUUUACACGUGUCAUUGUCUACCUGA